GCGUACGUGUGACGCAAAUUCAAGGCGCCGGAAGUCGCCUGUAUUCCGCUAUCGGUGGUAUUCUGAGCUUGCAUUUAAAAACACAAAAUCUUUUUAAAAUCAUAUUAAAUACGUCGUUCUGCUUCACAACCGAAUGGCGUUGGAGACGGUACCCAAGGAUCUUCGCCAUUUGCGAGCUUGCUUAUUGUGUUCGCUUGUUAAGACUAUUGAUCAGUUUGAAUAUGAUGGCUGCGACAACUGUGAAUCCUACCUGCAGAUGAAGGGGAACCGCGAGAUGGUGUAUGAGUGCACAAGCUCUUCCUUUGACGGGGUCAUAGCGAUGAUGAGCCCAGAAGACAGCUGGGUGGCCAAAUGGCAGCGAAUCAGUAACUUCAAGCCUGGGGUUUAUGCGGUGACAGUGACAGGGCGGCUUCCCCCGGGUGUUGUGAGGGAGCUGAAGAGCAGAGGAGUGAUAUACAAGUCUAGGGACACUGCCGUGAAGACAUAAGUGUGACCUGUCACCAUUGCCACUGCUCGGUUUCACCCAAUGAUUUAAGCCAGAAUCUCGUUCUACACAUGAUCUUGUUUGAUUUACUGGGCUUUUUAUAAAGAACAUUAGAGUAGAACCACUCGUCUUCUGCCACAAGAGGGCGAUCUGGUGCUUCCUAGGCAUACUUGUCAUCUGGAGUAUCAACUUGCCAUUUUCUUAAUGUUUUUUUGUGGACUUUUUAUUUAAAAACACCAAACCUGUGAUGUAAGUGACAUGUAAUAAACUGUGUUAUGGUUUGCA